GGCCCUGUCGGAUGGGAUAGUCCUCCGUGUGUUCUAUCUCUCCUCUCGUCAUUCUCAUCUUCUCGCUUCUGCUAUCUCUGUUUCCGCGGUCCUUCUCAGGCUGGCUCAUUACUCCCUCCUGCUAGGGUUAGAUCGUGAUCUUCCUCUCGCUCCAGUAUUUCUGGUCAUUGAAACUUGACUUCUCUUAAGCACAGGUCAAUGGCCGUCCAGUCAGUUGCGGAGGAUGAUUAGUCAGCAGCAUCCAGCGCUGGCAAGUUGCGUGCCAGCAGUCAGGGCCGAAAGAUUCUGCGCAGUUUUGCCGGUUUCUUCUUGUAAUGUUUCAGAUUUUUCAUUUGGAAAAGUGGAAAGAAAAGGAUGUAUUGCCAAGUAACGCCAAAGCACGAAACAAGUGUGCUUGUUCAAAGUUGGGAGGCAUGACGAAGUGGUCUGCGUUUCUCGCGCGAUGCUGCAAACGUCGCCGUCGAACUCAGAACGUCCGAGUUCCUGACCCCGAGAAUGAGCAUCAGGAUAAUGGAUUUCGUCGUCCACACCGCCGGACAUAUUACUACAGCAUGUUUUCUGUUCGCCUGGCGAUCAUGAUUAUGUUGGCUGUUCUGAUAGCGUUGUUGACUAUUUUGACGUGGCACUUCACCACGGUAUAUACCACGAGGUCAAUUAAGAAUUUGGCUUUUGGUCUACGUACCGAGCUUCUGAAUCGUCCUAUUGCCCGCAUGUGGAACCUGUUGAAUAACACCGUUGAAGCCACCUUGAGUCAAGUUCAGCUCUCACAGUUUGUGUUAGGGGAAUACACUCUUCCUAUCGAUGCAUCCACGCAAGUGCAGGUACAUAGGACCAUGAGGAAUAUUUUCUGGGCAGUUUAUGCAGGUCGGAAAUCUGCAAAGUCUAUUACUAUUGCUUACAGAAAUGGCCAACUACAAGCAUUUGAUAGAAAUAUGGUAACCAACGAGACCUUCUAUAUAUUCACAGAUCCUUCUGUUGGUGCGCCAUUAGGUGGAGUGUCUGUGAUUGGUGCCUCACCAGCUCCUUCUCCUGCAACAGAUGCUCCUGCUCCUGUAACCAUGUGGCCCGAUAUUCCUCUGGAGAAUGGCAACAUAACAUGGUACAAAGAGCCGAUCAAUCCAUACACCGGAAAAGCCAGUUCCCCUAUAAACAUUACCCCUAUAAACAUUACAUCAUAUGAUUUGUCUAAGAAUAUCGAUUAUGUACUGGCGCUGAAGAGCACUGAAGUCUCGUGGCGUCUGGUUGUGACUGAAUCGGAUGAUACACCACUUUUAUCAAGUGCUACCCCGGUUCGUUAUCGGGAUUCAGGCAUUGUUGUGGCGGUGACUGGAGUUACAGCUGCACUUUCCAGCAUCAGUCAGUUUCUCCGGGAACUUACAUCUUCGCACAGCGGCUACUUGUACUUGACAACCGCAGAUGGUCAGCUUUUGGCGACUUCUACAAAUGCUUCCUUGAUAGAUUCGUCAGGCCCAAGAAGAACCCUUGUGUUGGCGAAUGAAUCGAGUGACCCAGUCAUAAAAGCUGGGGCUCAGUGGCUGUAUGCUCGCCAUGGUUUUGAAGGACUGGUUAAAACAGUGGUUCAUGCAGAAAAUGUUGUUCUGGAGGGAAAACGUUAUUACAUUGACACAUUUUCUUUGUCGCUUUCCGGACUCCAGAUGGUUGGUGUGAUUAUCAUACCAAGAACGUAUGUAAUGGGAGAAGUGGAUCGAAGUGGAAGAGCUACGUUGGCAAUAUUGAUUGCUAUCUCUUGUUGCAUUCUUUUUGUUGGCUGCUUCUUUAUCAUAUUUUUUACAAGUGGCGUGUCUACUGAGAUGAAGCUCAGGGCUGAGCUAAUCAAUCAUCUUGAUGCAAGAAGGCGAGCGGAGGCAUCUAGUAACUAUAAAAGCCAGUUUUUAGCAAACAUGAGUCAUGAGCUCCGGACACCAAUGGCUGCUGUCAUAGGUCUUCUGGACAUCCUAUUAUGUGACGAUUGUCUUUCAUCGGAGCAAAUUAACAUGGUGUCUCAAAUACGUCGCUGUUCUACUGCACUUCUUCGCCUUCUCAAUAACAUCUUGGAUAUCAGCAAGGUGGAGUCGGGAAAGCUAGUUCUAGAAGCAGCCGAUUUUGAUCUCAAUCGUGAGCUUGAAGGUUUGGUCGACAUGUUUUCAGUUCAAUGCGUGGACCAUGACAUAGAAAUUGUGCUGGACUUGGCCGAUGAUAUGCCCCGAAUGGUUAGAGGAGAUUCUGCACGAAUCGUACAAAUUUUCGCGAACUUGAUUGCGAAUUCUGUCAAAUUUACCUCGUCUGGACAUGUGAUAUUGCGAGGUUGGUGCAGUUCUCCUAAUAUGUCAGCCACUGCAAUGAGGAGUGGGUUGCUGUUUGGGAUGAACGACAGUACAUGGAAUCAGAAUAGACUGAGUCAUGAAGGAGGAGUAACCAAUAACUAUGAGCCAAGUCAAUUUCUUAUGUGGUUCGAGGUGGAAGACACCGGAUGUGGUAUCGACUCAAGCAAAUGGGAAGCUGUAUUUGAGAGUUUUGUCCAGGCAGAUCCUUCCACUACGAGGACAUAUGGAGGAACUGGUCUUGGCCUCUGUAUUGUUCGUUCUUUGGUUAGGAAAAUGGGAGGAGACAUAAAAAUUGUGAAGAAGGAAGGGCCUGGGACGCUUCUUCGCUUUUACCUUUUGUUUAACCAACCGGUCGACAGCGAACCUGAGACGCCUCGUCCGGCUGUUCCUGCUGGUCUGAAGAACACCAAGGUACUACUUGCAAUGAAAGGAGAUGUUGGGAGAGGUACCCUGGUUCAAUGGAUGCAGUAUAAAGGGCUUCAUGUAUAUGAAGCAUCUGAAUGGGAUGAGGCAAUGCGGGUUCUCCAAGAACUUUUGGCGGAUGAGCGCGUAGUUAGCUGGGAUAAGGGCGCUGAUAAAGACGAGUUGGUUUCGCUUGAAGCGAACCAUGUAAAGUCAAGUCGGUCUACUGCAGCAUCUCGUGAUGCUAAUGAAAUACCUGACGAAGAAUUGAGCUUGGUCUUGUCAGGAAAUUCAAAGCAGUGGGAAAUGCAGGAUUUUAAGUUACUAGCGGUUCUUGACUCUGAGCUAAUACAUUGGUCGGAGGAUUCGAAUCAAGUUGAUUCCAUGUUCAGCGUAUUAGAUGAAUUUAGAGGUCGGGGUAUCAUAAUCUCUUGGCUGUUCACUCAUGAUACUCCAAAUGCGCUUAAGACGCAGUUACGGCGUAGAGGAUAUACUAUCACUGCAAAUCAGCCUUUAUACAAGUCAAAAUUGUUGCAAUUGUUGACUUCCAUGGCGGGCUGCUCAGAAGGUGGAAGCUCUACACAUUUUAAGUGUGAAUCUCAAGCACUGCAAGCAGUUGGCAGCGACCAACGUAAAUUAGGAUACUAUGACGACAUUAAAGCUGCUGCUAUAGAUCGCCAUGAGCUGGAAAAACUUCAGUCACAGGUUCAAAGCAAGCUUGGGUUUCCUGGGUCCACUAAGUCUCUGCCCAGAGUGCUGGAGAAGUGGCCUUCGAAGGAGUUAGAAGGCGUGAAUCAAGGAUCAGAGCGAUUUUUAGUGACUGAAAGAAAUCCUGGAAUUUCAGCUGAUAGUAAUCCAAGAGGCGUUCAGAGGUCUUUACCUCUGACACAGCAACUUGAGGAACAGGAAUUCAUCACCCUCAGUAAUCUCGGUCCAUCAGCAAGUCCAGCCAGUUCUGCUGGAGGUCUCGACACUGGUUCUCCUGGCAGUAGGGUCGGGUCGCUGAAAACAUCUCUUCUCUCUGUCGAUACUGAUUUAUCGUCUUCGAUGUUACCGGUGGGCAAUUCUAGAGAUGGUACUGAUGGGAACCAUGUUGUGCACAUCCCUCCAGCCACAUCUCAUCCACCAGAUGAUACAUAUUUAGGAUCACCCAAGUAUCAAGAUGUUCUCGAUCAGUCUGAUCAAGAUGUUACAAAGACUCAAGUCAUGAGUUCACUUUUUAAUGCCUCUGAGGGGCCACUCUCUAUUGGGCCCAGUGUUGGUCCACCCGGCAUUGAGAUUCCUCAAAUUUUCUGUGAACAGGACCAAAUUGCCAAACCUGACAUGAUAGUUGUUUCUGAUAGAGGAGUUCCCGUUCAAACUGUCAGUAAUCAUACCGAAUCCUCAAGAACUGCACAAGACGCGCCUGCACCCAAGCCUGCUGUUUCGCUGCCUCCUUCCGAAGUAAUGCCAGAUAAACAUAGUCGUGCACCAAGAAAGCCUCCGGCCAGACGAUUGGGUCCCAGUAAUGCAUUAGCUGGAAUUCGCAUCCUGCUAGCGGAAGAUACACCAGUUUUAGCAAAAGUUGCCACUAUCAUGCUGGAAAAGAUGGGAGCCUGUGUUGUUGCAGUCGGUGAUGGUUUGCAAGCUGUUGAAACUAUUGGUAGAUCUCGCGGUGAACACAAUGUUGGAGAUACUGAGGAAUCUACUACUCCUGCGGAAAUUGAUGGGUUCGAUCUUGUACUCAUGGAUUGCCAGAUGCCUAGAAUGGACGGAUACGAGGCCACAAAAGCCAUUCGAAAGGCCGAGGAGGGCAAGAAUUGGCAUUUACCAGUUGUUGCUUUAACAGCCCAUGCUAUGUCAUCCGAUGAAGCGAAGUGUCUUCAGGUGGGAAUGGAUGCGUACCUCACGAAACCGAUUGACAGCAAGCUUAUGGUGUCAACAAUUCUUGGUUUGACCAAGAAGGGUACUGGCUGACACGGUUUUCGGCCUUCCCUAGUGUACAUUUAAUUUUUUGUAUAUUUACUGAACGAGUUGGGGAGGUUGUAUCUUGGAGGUCCUUAAGUCUUCAAUGCUGACGCUCGCAGUGUGGAUGACUGAAGAUCUUGGCGUUUUUAGUUCAGAUUCUAAUAUCUUUUCCCUCUUUUCAGGGAACCUUACAUAGUGAAUUAGUUUAGGAAAGCAGAAACAUAACUCUAGUCUUCGAAUCGAGUACCGAAUCCUCGCACAUCGAUGAAUAUGAACUCAUAUAGGUGUUCACGUUUUUUUCCAAGUGGGUAACAAAUUCACCUUCUUGAUUGUAACAAAUUUUCAUUUUUGACAAUGUUAGACUGAUCUCUAGGAUGUUGAAAGGAGAUUUUACUUC